UGUAGUGGUGUGUGUGGUGUUGAUGUAGUGGUGUGUGUGGGGUGUUGGAGUCGUGGUGUGUUGAUGUAGUGGUGUGUGUGGUGUGUUGGUGUAGUGGUGUGUAGUGUGUUGAUAUAGUGUUACAGUAGUAAGGUGUGUGUAAAGCGUGUUGGGGUAGUGGUGUGUGUGUUGUGUGGGGGGUGGUAGUGUAGCGUUAGCGCGCUGCACUUAUAACCCUAGUUUUAUUCCUGCUCACGGCCAAUACCAGUGGCGAUUAUCUGAACCGGUCUUGGGCCUCCCCUGUGUCGAUUCAGCCUCAAAUGAGUACCUAGUGUGGCGUGUAAACAUCACCACUGGGGAGACAAAGGCAGCCGGGCGUGGUGUUGACCACCCAUCUCCUCAUGUGCCGUGCCAGCAUUCAUAGGUGCUUGCGAACAGCACUUGCCCCAACAGUCUGUGCAGGCUAUACGGGGGAUCUUUGUCUUUGUAUGGUGUGUGUAUGGUGUGUGCAGGCGUGGCUUAAUGAGAAGCUUUGCCCGGAUUUGCUGCCUCAGCACUCGGAGCUCACAGAGUGUGUGGUGGAGCAGCUCACGCAUAUGGAGGGCAACCUACGGAGGGUUCAGCGUGCGGACGUGAAGUCGUCUCUCCACCGCAUGGAGCUCGAGAGAAUCCGCUUCAUGCUGAGCUCAUACCUGCGCACGCGCCUCAACAAAAUCGAGCGCUUCUACACACACGUGCUGGAGAGGGAGAAGUCUCGCACCGAGGGGCAGCCCUCACUCCUGUCCCCCGAGGAGUUUGCCUUUGCCAUCGAGUAUGCUUCCAACAUGGAUAGAUUCCUGAAGUCUGUGGCUCUGAGGCACAUGCCACCCAACCUACAGGCCCUGGACCUCAGCAAAGCAGUGCCCCGGCCGGACGUGGGCGCAUUCGUGUUCCUGCGCGUGCGCGAGCGGCAGGAGAACGUCCUCGUGGAGGCCGAGUCCAGCGAGCAGAGGGAAUUUGUGGUGGACCUGGAGGAAGGCUCGCAGCACCUCAUGCGCUACUCCACCGUGGCCCCACUGCUGCUCUCCUCUUCCAUCCACCUCAUCUAGCCCCCUGCCUCUUCCCUGUGUAUUCCUUUCUCCCCAUGUGGCCCUGUGCAUCCCCGUGUCUUGUCGUGUAGCCCCGCAUGGUCACGAGUAUAUUUGUGUAUCCCCAUCUCCCUCUGUAUCCCUGUGUAGCCCCAUAUCUCCCCAUGGCUCCCCAUGGCUCCCUGUGAUUGUGGGGGGUGGUCUGUGCUGUCACUUUCUAAAUUCUUGAGCGAUAAUGGAUGAGUGAUGGAGGUGGUGUUCUACAUUUCUUGCUCUCGUGGGUUUGUGCGAGUAUUUCAAAUUGGUUUGUGUGUUUUUAGUCUGAUUAAAAUAACAAAGCGAUGAA